CAUCCGGUGGAAAACCGCUAUCUAUCAGUAGAAGAAAGAAAAAGAACAACAACCGAAGCAGGAAUGCGCCUCUCGGAACCAGGUAGCUGCUCCUGAAAAAGCAGCAUAUCUUCGAGAUUUCAACCGUGUCUGAAAGACGAAAAAGACAAAAUGAUCGGGAGGACGUGAUCGGGAAGGGACUGCUGCUGCUUCUUCAGCCGGCUGAAGGAACGAGCUAGACUCCCAUGGAUAGGCCCGGCAGGCUGCUUCUGCUCUCCGAACUCUGCGUCAGGACCGUGGCGUACGAUGUGAGCCUGAGCCGGUCACUGCUGACAUGGAAAAGACGGGCCUCCAGUCCGGUGUACCGCCCAUUCAGAUCCAGCGUGAAUCGCAUUGUGCCCGUGUCAGAGAUCAUCUCAGUCAGAGAGGAACAACGAAUGAAUGGCAGUGAUCAAAAAGAUGACAGCAGCUGGAAGAAGAUCAAAGGUGGAGAUGGAUCGGAUGGCAGGCAGGCCUUCACAGUGUUGUACGUGAAGAGAUCUCGUCAGCACCACUGGCGCUGUGCUGAAGUUACCUUCACAUGUCCAGACGAGGUACUCUGCCAGAACUGGGUCAGGAGUAUCAGAGAGCAGCUGGCCAGCAUCUCCACCAGACCCAGAAAUUUGCUGGUCUACAUCAACCCAUAUGGUGGGAAGCGUCAAGGCAAACGCAUCUAUGAGCAGAAGGUGGCGCCACUGUUUGCUCAAGCUGGGAUCUCUACACAUGUCAUUGUCACUGACCAUGCCAAUCAUGCAAUGGAUCAUCUGAAGACGGACGCUGAGCUCAGCAAGGUUGAUGGUGUGGUGUGUGUGGGAGGAGAUGGCAUGUUCAGUGAGAUCAUGCAUGGUCUGGUGUGGAGGACACAAAUCGACAAUGGUGUAGAUCCAAAUUGUCCUGAUGAAGACCUUUCUCCCUGCUCACUUCGCAUUGGAAUCAUCCCUGCAGGUUCAACAGACUGUAUCUGCUUUGCCACAGUUGGAACCAAUGACCCAGUCACCUCUGCACUCCACAUCAUUGUGGGAGACUCUCAGCCAAUGGAUGUCUGUUCAGUUCACCACCACAACAUGUUCCUGCGAUACUCCGUCUCUCUGCUGGGAUAUGGUUUCUAUGGCGACAUGCUAACUGACAGCGAGAGGAAAAGAUGGAUGGGCCCGGCCAGAUACGACAUCUCAGGGGUGAAAAUGUUCCUGACUCAUCAUUACUAUGAGGGAACGGUGUCCUACCUGCCUGCCAGAGGCAUCAUUGGAACUCCACGAGAUGCAGGCAGAUGUCGAUAUGGUUGUGCAGUUUGUCAGCACAAUGGACAGAUACAGUCAGAGAGAGCUGAGAGGUAUAAGACGAAUCAAGACUCAGAAUGCGCGGAUGACGGAGAGUGGAAGACGAUCCGAGGAAAGUUCUUGGCUAUAAACGCUGCCAGUAUGAGCUGUGCCUGUCCUCGCAGCCCCAAAGGACUCUCCCCUGCUGCUCACUUGGCUGAUGGUACCACUGACCUCAUCCUUGUCAGAAAAUGUUCGCGCUUCAAUUUCCUCAGACACCUCCUGCGACACACCAACAAAGAUGACCAGUUCGACCUGGGCUUUGUAGAGGUCCACCGGGUGGUGGGUUUCCGCUUCACCCCACGCUACUGCCAGAGCGACUCAGAUCUGGAACUGGACCUGCUUGAGAACGGCAAAAGGCAGAUCUUCAGCCACAUUUGCAGAGAUCACCCUGCUUGUGGAUGCACACGCACUAAUAGCACCUGGAACUGCGAUGGUGAGGUCCUGACCCACACAGACAUCGAUGUCAGAGUGCACUGCCGGUUAAUCAAGUUGUUUGCACGAGGGAUUGAAGAGCCUCAGGUGUUUGUGGACCCUGUGUAAUGUAAACCUUUCUCAUUCCCAUCAAAAUGUCUACGGAAACUGGAGCUGUUUCCAGCUGCUGAUAUUAGCUGAACUUAAUAGGCUAGAUGGGGGAAACAGACAAAGCAUUAUGCAAAAACAUCAUUUUUUUCCUUGUGUUAAUGUAUGAACAUAGGCACAUAAAACAAAAGCUCUGAGCGCUAAUGUCCAAAGGAAUUGUGAAAAUGUACGGACCAUCUAGCAAGCUCCUCUGUUGGUUCUCUCAGUUGUCAUCUGCAAGUUAAGAGUAAGCUCUCAUCACAGAAAACUUUAAAAUAAUCUCUAUGAUCAACUAUCUGUGUUAUGUUGGUGGACACAGUCAGUCAAUUAUGAGGUCAAAGUUCAACACCAAAAAGGCCAACAUCCGCCUUCAUCGUAACAGAACUGCACACCAAUGCAGUUUUGUGCACAAGGCAAGACGCACCAAUCAGCUUGGAGAAUGUACUGUACAAUAAAUAUCUCCUGCCUUGUGAUGUGUAGUCCCACCAGCUAGCAGGCCAUUUGCUGUCAUGACAACAGUUGUUCCUGCAUCAAAAACGCUGUAAAAAGCAGAGCGUAGAGAACCGUCCCGUCAGGCUGAUCUUCUGUUCGAUGCACUGAAGAGCUUGACAUCUUUCUCUUGUCUGCACUUGAAAUGUCUGGACCUCACAGAUAAGCAUACAAUCAUACUCGUUUUAGCUGAGCCUCAGAGUCUCCCUCUGCUCACGGUUAUGCAGUUUUUUCUAGAGCCUGAAAGGGAGCAAUGAUGUGCUGGUUUAUAUGUUGUCCACUUGGAAGAAAAGAAAGGAAAAAGAACAGAAAGAAUAAAGGGAUUUCCCACCAGAGUAGUGAUGUAGUGCUCGUAUACCUGUGGUCUCUAACGGAUCACUUGUCCAUACUGAUAUCAGAGUGGGAUUCCAUUGCUUAUGUAAGCAUGCAUCUUGACUGGACUUCUGCCAGAGUCUUGCUGGAAUUAGAAAGAGGCUGUUCUUGGUGAAAUCCUUGAGCCCUCUGGUAAAAAAAAACCUUGUACAAUCUCUCAUUUGUUUUUACAUACCCACUUCUCACCUUUUGACCAUUUGACAACUUAUAACAGACUGAUGACCAGGCUUCAGAAGACAUCAUAACUGACCAAAUGACUUGUUUUCUUGUUUUUCUUCUUGAGAAUCAUUCAGAAAGGACCUCUGUUCCUCACUGUAGGAUCCUGUGCUUUCACAUCCAAAAUCAGUUCUUGAUAUGUCUUGCUGUGGUGCCCUUGUUGCUGUUUUAUUCUUGUUUUUUUUAUCAUGUCAUAUGUUAUCCAUUCACACAGCUAAAAAAUGUUUAGCUGUGUUAAACAGCUUAACAUUUUUUAACACAGCUAAAAAAUGUUUAGCUGUGUUAAUGGAUAAAAUUUUACUAAAAUGUUACUAAAACUUUUUUUUUUCCAAAACUUUCUAAUCACCCUUAUUCUGAAAAUUAAAAAAAACUUCCAGCAUUUCCAGAUCCAGCUUGUUACAUACAGACAGAGCUUAAAACCUCCAAACGAUAAUACAGAGUAACUUUCUCUACACGGCUCAGUUUUCCUGUUAUCUGCUCUCACUCUCUUGCAACUUAAAGGAGCAACAGACAUGUCUUAGAAAACCACUUUGUUUUAAAUACGCUCUCUUACAUUGCUCACUGAAGCUGCAGCCUGGAAAUGCUUGUGGAGCGUGCAUACGCUUACUUGAUAAACAUCAGAUUUUGCAGUUUCUAAUAAAAAGCCAAGAAACGGCUAAUUCCAGAGAACACUGAUCUCAGUAGCACUUUUGCAGCAGAAUAAUCAGCAACUUAUGACCCAUGUUUAAAAAGCAAAACAGGAUUUUGAUAAAACUCUGUAUCAUGAAGCACAUGGUCAUACUUUGUUAAGUCUUUAAACAUACUUAAAAUGAGCCUUUAGAUGUUUGAAGGGUCUCAGGCACCAGCCAAUCGUUCUUCCUAAGUCACAAGACUAGAAGUAGACAACAUGUUCUAAACCAAAUAUGCAAAAUGCAAGUUUUCUGGUCUGUUUCUGUAGCAUUGCUUCAAAUAGUUUUAUUUUCCAAAUGAUCUCAAGCUUAAUGGUGGCUUUGAAAUUGUUCAUAACAGUAAUUGUUAGGAAUCCUUUUGUUUUCAGUCCUUUAACUUUUGUUCAAGGACGAUCACUUUUACUUUGGGUAAAAGUGGUCGUAAACCACAGGUGUACACGCUGUUCAGACUAGACAUAGUCUAAAGAAAUUUAAUUUGGAGAAAAUAUGCGACUUUCUGAACUUCAUGCAUCCAUCCAUUUUCCAACACGCUUAUCCCUGUUGGGGUCAUGGGUGAAGGCCUGGUGACCGUCUCUCACCCGUUGACCGGGCGAGACGUGAGGAGCACCCUGGAUGGGUUGCCAGUCCAUCACAGAGUUUCUCAACUCAUCAACUACCGUUAGCAUUUGCAGCAUUUUUACAAACAGACACUUGGUUCUGAUUUCCAAUUGGAAAUUGGAAUCCCCUGAAUGCUGGGAUGCUAAAAUUCUGAAGAACAAAAUUUUUUAAAUACAGACUUUUUAACGUUGGUUUUGCAUAAAAUGUUAAUUUGUAGCCUUUGUAGCAUGAUUUACUUGGUUCUGUUUUGUUUUAUUAGAAUAAUAAAAUGCAUUGCAAGUAGUGUUUACGAGACAGACUCAUCUGUCUGUCCAGAGUUUGAUAUUCUGAGCUUUCAGAUGACGCGACACUCAGCCUUACGUUGAGAUAAAUUAAGCUGGAAGCAUGAUGUAGCUUAGCACAUCUGUAGACACUGCUGUUGCUGGGCCCAUCAGUCUUUUUUGAAACCUCACGUUACACUAUUCAGUAUCUUUAAGUUUGUCUUUUUUCAACAAGAAAAUGUCAUGCUUGUGUCGGCUUCAAGUAUCCAGCAUUCAGAGGUGAGUAAAGUGUCUGCAGUGUCUCUAGAGAUUAGAUAAUAUUACGUAAUGGAUUAUUUUAUUUGAUUCUGUAGCAAUGCUUCACAUGGCCUAUAUACAUGACUUGUGAAAGCUGUGGGGCUCAACUGAUAGAUUUUUGUAGACAUUCCCAAAACAAAACAAGGUGUGAAAGUCAAACUACACUGUGUUCAUGCUGUGUAUGCUGCAGUGUUAGAUAUAGUAAGACAAUGCUGGAACAUUGUUUUCUCAUGACAUCGCGUCUUUCUGAAACCAAAGGCAGAUGUGGAGUACUGUGACAGGAAACUGAGGAGUACCGCUGGACUGUUUGUCUGUCUGUCUGUUCGUUGGUCAGCAUUUCUAUUUCCUUUGUGCAUAUGUGGAGCUGGACUCUCAGCAAAUAUAAUAGCAAACAGCAGCAGGUCUUUUUGAUUAAGAUCACUAACCAAUCAGAUCUCAGUUUUAUUUAGAAUCGAUCUGUUUUUCACUCUUUCUGACACUUCUCAAAUAAUCAUAAACAGUUUUGGAGGAUGACCUUUUUUUAAGUUGAGUAUUUAUUUCAAAUGUGGCAUGUUGGAAAUAAUUUAUUUCCUGUUCCGUGAUUAAUAGGUAAGAAAUAUUUUAGCAGUCAAAUCCUUCUAAUUGCUACACAACUUUUUGAAAUAUUUUUCAUGGUGUAUUGAUUUCUACAAGUCUCGGAAGCUUCAGCGUUGGAAGGUUUCCUUUCCAACACCCUAAUCUUCCCCUUCCUCCACUGAUUCUCUCAGACUUACAGGUGACUGUCUGCGGUACUUUGAAACAUUAGUGUUGCUGGAUACAAGCAAGCUUCAAUAUUUUUGAUGAACUCAAAGGUCAUGUAGAUUUCACUUCAGAUAUUGAAUUCAUCUGUCAUACUUAUUAUGUUCUGCUGUGUAUUUUUUCAACAGACGUGCAGAAAAACCAUCUUUUAUUUCUGAUUCUUGCUAAGUUCAAACUGAUUAUUAUUUACUUUAUUUUACUGAAGAGAUUAGGAUUUCUAAACGUAGCCUAAAGCCUCUGUUCUUCCUACAAUUUUGUGAUUUUCCGAACGAGAAAAUGUGUUGGAUGGAGCAACUAUAUUCAGUGUGCACAAAUCUUCUCUGCUGUAGUCGCUGUCAUCAGAAAUAAACUCUGUUCAGCUCA